AUGUUUCGGAAGUUUGAUGAGAAGGAAUCGGUUUCCACGGUGACCCAGUUGAAGAGUUCUGUGCAGAAGAAUAUCAGGAAUCAGAUAAUUGAUACCUACCCGACAUUCGAACCUUAUUUCACCGAAAUUUGGCCGAAGAAAGAACCAGCACGUUUGGCGAAAACGCACGAAAAAGUGGAAGUUCUAGUUGUCGAUCACGAGCCGAUUUUCUUCAAAUGUCGGGAUUCCCAAUGGCUGCCGAAUAUUCGAUUGCUGCACAAGUAUCCAUUCCUGCUGCCGAUUCAGCAAGUUGAUGAGGGUGCGAUUAAAUUUAUUCUGAGCGGAGCCGACAUUAUGUGUCCCGGUCUCACUUCAAAGGGAGCUUUUCUCGAUAUGGAAACAGAAAAAGGAGCUGGAGUUCAGGUCCAUUGUGAAGGAAAAGAGCUGGCGAUCGCCGUCGGCACGAUGGCAAUGACUCCCAAAGAGAUUAAAGAUGUUAACAAAGGUGUCGGAAUCGCUGUGAAUCACUGCCUAAAUGAUGGUUUAUGGCACUGGAAGCAUGUUAAAUAG